AUGAGUUGGUACACAGUAACUGGCCGUAAGGGCUGCCAGCUGCGCGCCGGGUCCCUGCUCAGCAGCCACAAAGUCUGCGAGGUCGAGUGCGGCACGCGCGUGCGCGUCGAGACCGUGAAGCGCGUCGUCGCCGGCGACCGCGAGGUCGAGCGCUGCGAGAUCGUGCUCCCCGUCAAGGGGUGGGCGUCGCUCCGGCUCCUGCGGCGCGAGGACGAGGACCCGGCGGCGCCCGCGGCCGUCGAGGAGCCCUGGCCCGCGGGCGCCAAGGUCCGGCUCGAGGGCCUCGCGGGCGCGCCGGACCUCGAGGGCAAGUCCGCCGUCGUCCGCGAGGCGCCCGCGGCCGCCGGCGGCGACGAGCGCUACGUCGUCGCGCUCGGCGGCCGGCUCCUGCGCGUGCGGCGGGCGCGGCUCGCGUUCCUCGAGCACGCGCCGGAGGACGACGUCUACGCCUACGAGGCCGAGGCCGAGGCCGCGGCCGAGGCGGCGACGCUCUUCGCGAAGAUGCGGCGCUGGUACGCGAGCACGAGCACGGCCGCGACGGGCCCGUACCCGGCGUCGCCGGCCGCGCUCCGGGCCUGGGCGCACUACGGCGACGUCAAGGGCCGCUACUUCCGCGCCCUCGAGGCCGCGGAGGCGGCGGACGCCGAGCGGCGCGCCGCGGACGCCGAGGCCGAGGCGCGGCGCGCCGCGGCCGAGGCCGAGGCCGCGGCGGCGGCGGCCGUCGACGGCGCGGCCGUGCCCGUCGGGCGCCACGCCGCCGCGCUCGAGAAGCUCGCGCCCGCGGCGAAGAAGUCGCGGCGCACGUCCAUCAUGAUGGCCAAGGCCGUCGCGGACGCCGAGGCCGAGCGCGACGACGCGGCGCCCGCGCUCGAGGGCGAGCUCUUCUACAAGACCAAGGUCAAGUCGCUGCUGGGCAAGGAGAAAAUGGCGUGGAAGAAGUUCCACUUCGCGCUCGUGGUCGACGCGGACGCCGGGCCCUGCCUCGAGUGGGCCGCGCGGGGGUCGACCAUGCGCGUCGUCCUCGAGGGCUGCGCCGUGUGCCGCGACGACGCGGCCGCGCCGACGGGCAAGGUCUACGCGUUCCACGUCGCCCACGAGUCCUUCGCCGCGGGGCCCAAGUACUUCCACGCCGCGUCGCUCGUCAUCCGCACGCGCUGGGUCGACGCCAUCGCCGACGCCGUCGCCGACUUCGCCGCGGCGGCCGCGCCCGCCAAGCAGACGGCCAAGACCGCGCGCCGCGCCUCCCUCGCCCUCGAGGCCGCCGUCGUCCACGACGAGGACGAGCCGUGA